UUUUAUGCAAAGCCAAAAAGGGGGAAAAAAAAGCUCGAACUAUAUAAGACAGUGAAGCUAGCAGCGGCCGCCUUCAUCCUCUUCUCUGAUAAAGCGCUCAAUUACUCUCUUAUCGCUCAGAUUGUCGUCUCCUGGGAAAAUCUCUCUGGUGUUUUCCUUUGUUGCGUUCCUUCUUCCGAGGAGUGGAGAAAAGACCCGAAAGCUGCAAUGGUGAGCCUCCGAAAGCGUAGGCUAUUGAACUGCUGCGGACCGACUAGUUUCAUUACUCCGCUUCCAUUUUUAACUUCCGAGGAAUAUACCACCGGAGUACGGAACCCCGACGCUGAAGUUUAUAAAAAUCGUGGGCCGAUAGAAGGAACUCUACCGCCGAUAGAGUAUCCUGAGGAGAACUCCAAAAUCAAAGAAGUGUUUUACCCACCAAUCCCGAGACCCCUUGCGGUAAAAGUAGAGCCCGUCUCGUCGAAUGAUUCUGGUUCCUUCUCGCUGAAAGAGCUUCAACACAUAUCAGCAUUUUCGGUGACAGACCCACCAAACCAAGAACCGUGUUCGAUGAGAGGGGUCUACUUCAAGAACAUGGAAUGGGUAGCUGCCAUAGAAGUGGACAAGAAACAGAUCCAUUUGGGGACGUUCUCUUCCCGAGAAGAAGCUGCUCGUUUAUACGACAGGGCUGCUUUCUUGUGCGGAAAAGAACCAAACUUUGAGCUGUCGGAGGAGGAGAAGCGCGAGCUCCGAACUCAGAGCUGGGACGAGUUCUUGGCCGACAAAAAUACUGAGAAAAGUAUCCAUAUGGGUUCCAUGGAAACCUCAACCUCAGAGCCUAAAGCUGAGCGGGGCGAGUCGUCGUCGUCCUGAAAGGACAAGUUCAUCAUCACCAUCACCAGCAGCAUCAUCAUGCUUCAUUUCAUAUAAAAGGGUGAAAGCCAAUUAUCCUGAAAAGACUGGGAAAUAAAGAAAGAUGGGUAAAGUGAAAAAGGCUUCCAUUUUUCCAAUGUACAAUUGAAGCUCCUAUAUUUGGACAAAAGAGAUUUUUAGACCUUGCCUGUCUUUUGGUAGUUAUAACUUAUAUUUUCAGAUUCAGACAUUGAUUCUAUCUAUAUAUAUAUAUUAUAUGAUAUCCAUUA